AUUCAUUUCUUGUCGAAUAAUAAAAGUUGGGCUUAACGAUGUGUUCCCGACGUGCUUCCAAGUGAGCGUGAGCGUGUGAGUGUGAGUGUGACCAGCCCCCUUCUUCUCCUGCCGGGUGCACAUUGCAGUGGUCCAACUACAGCCAGCUGUUCGGGGCGGUGUGCAAACAUUCAGCCGGUGGGUGUCCUCGCGCUGCGGCUUCUCCGCACACACCACAGGCGGGUAGUGUCUGCCGGUCCGUCCGUGUUUUUUUCCCCCCCCGGAAGAGUGGGGUGUGACACAUGGGACACAUCUCGGGCCAGCAGCUGAUACCUUUUCGCACCUCUCGCGCAGAGGCUUUCCCGUUCAGAUAAUCGUGGGUGGAGGAUCGAAGGGGCGCCGCGCGUCCGAACCGGGACGUCCCCUGUGGACCCCCACCCGACUAGAACCGCCGCUUUUGAGGGACUCCAACACGGCCCUGGUGGGACGUUGAGCGUGGCGACCGGCGGCUGACUCGGGUCACGUUGGUGCUGGGGGGGGCCUCCCCGGUACUGCCCCUGGCACCUGGUCCCUUUUCCACCCCCCUACGCCUGCCAUGGCGAUGAGCAGCGACCCUGGCCGCGGGAGGGCGGACCCCGAUUCUGACAAACAAACCGGAAGCCUCACGGACAUCAUGGCUGCCAUGACGACGGAUGACGCGGAUGUUUCAGCCGCCAACGGCGUGAGGAAUGGCGGCGCUCAGCAGGACGCGGCUCAGGCCAAGAGGACCCGUGCAAAGCGGCCUCCCCUGACUGGCAGGAAGCUGUCGUUGCAGGAACGGAGCACUUACCUGUCGUCGGGGCCCGGAGGAGGAUACACGCACGUUUCCCCUCGUGUGGCUCGCAGGCCCACCGUGGAGUCCAAACGUGUGUCCAUAUCAGACGCUCAGGACUGCAUCCAGUUGAACCAGUAUAAGCUGAAGAGUGAGAUUGGGAAGGGGUCCUACGGUGUGGUCAAACUCGCCUACAAUGAGGAUGAUGACAAACACUACGCUAUGAAGUUGGUGUCCAAGAAGAGGUUGAUGAAGCAGUGUGGUUUCCCACGUCGACCGCCCCCAAGGGGACCCAAAGCGGCCCAAGGAGAGCAGCCAAAAGUGUUAGGACCCCUGGAGAGAGUCUACCAGGAGAUUGCCAUUCUUAAAAAACUUGACCACGUCAACAUUGUAAAGCUGGUGGAGGUGCUGGAUGACCCAGCGGAGGACAACCUUCACAUGGUGUUUGAGCUGAUGCCUAAGGGCCCAGUGAUGGAAGUACCCUCAGACAGUCCUUUCACAGAAGAGCAGGCGAGGUUAUACUUCAGAGACAUCAUCCUUGGCAUGGAGUACUUGCACUACCAGAAGAUUGUCCACCGGGACAUCAAGCCUUCCAACCUGCUACUGGGGGACGAUGGCCAUGUGAAGAUAGCCGACUUUGGGGUUAGCAACCAGUUUGAGGGCAACGACGCUAUGCUGUCGAGCACUGCUGGGACCCCUGCAUUUAUGGCACCGGAGACCCUGUCAGACGCGCGCAAGAGCUUCAGCGGGAAAGCGCUGGACGUGUGGGCCAUGGGGGUCACUCUCUACUGUUUCGUCUUUGGGAAGUGCCCAUUUAUUGACGAGUACAUAUUGGCUUUGCACAACAAGAUAAGGACCGGGCUUGUGGAUUUCCCAGAAAUCCCAAAGAUCAGUGAAGAGAUGCGGGGCCUGAUCUUGCGGAUGCUGGACAAGAACCCAGACACUAGGAUCACCAUCCCUGAGAUCAAGCUGGACCCGUGGGUGACCCAGCUAGGCACAGACCCCUUGCCCCUGGAGGAGGAGCACUGCUCCGCGGUGGAGGUGACUGAGGAGGACAUCCAGAACUCAGUCAAGUUUGUUCCCAGCCUCUCGGCCGUGAUCUUGGUGAGAGCCAUGCUGAGGAAGCGAUCCUUCAGCAACCCCUUUGAGUGUCCCAGCAGGAGAGAAGAGAGGUCCAUGUCUGCGCCCGGCAGCCUGCUCAUAAAGAGCAGCACGGGAGACUGCCCCAGAGACGGAGAGCUGGAGGAUCUGCACGAAGACGAGCCCACCUCAUGAGUCAUUCCACAAAGCUCUGUUUGCCCCCCCCCAUCUACCUUUUUUCUCUCAAAUCAAUGACACGGAACCGCUUUAUGGCUUUUGUUUACGCUCCAGCUCUGGCUCGGCAGCCUCCAUCGUCCCUGCCCUCUCCCCAUCUUUCUCCCCCCCCGACUUGGCCGCUGACUUGGAUCCGCAGUAUUAACGGCUCCACCCCUUACUGAUGGGACUGGAACUCUGCAGCGAUCAUUACACUGCAAUGUGGGCGGAACGCUUUGGAGCUCAGAUACUUAGUUCUUUUGACGUUUCUGCAUGAAUGAAUAGUCGGGCCUCAUCUUCUGGCUGCUUAGUGCCAGCUGGCCCAGUCGGAGCCUGAACACGAGAGAGGCCGAUCCCAAAGCGCAGCAUGUUGAUGAAACUAUAUUGUCUGUUCCGUAAACGACAGGGCUUUUUUUUCUGUUGAUAUUGCACAUAGAUGUCUCGAGGUGUCGUUAACGUUAUCGUCUCACUGUCUCUUUGCCAUCGGUAGCUUUUACAUUGGAGCUGUACUCUGUCCCGUGCCCGCCUUCGCAGUCCUCACGGCCGACUGGGUGAACUCCUCUGACCGGAAGGACAAAGGAAGUCAGCUGUUGUGUGGCUCAUUUAAAAAGGCUCCGGUCGCUGCGUAAUGUGCAACUGUUUCUGUGUGCUAAGUUGUUUUCGCACUCUCGAUUCCCUGCUGGUUUGCGCUCCCUAAUGUGUCUCUUCCUCUUUCAAUCUCACUCUACGGUUCGAUUCCAUGUGAAGUAAUUGCCACCGAGGGCAGUUUAAACUCCAAAAACUAUGAAAUGGUGCAUCCCAGCUUAACCGGUUCGCCCUUCUUGUGAGAGCGUACUAAUGUUAAUGUUUGUCUGACGUUGGUCCGUGUCAGAGUGCAGGCGUGCUGUCAUCUCGGUGUAUAUCCGGCAUUCCUCUGUUUUCAAGUUGACAGUGUUGAAAAACAACGGAAACACUGUUAGAUAUUUGCACUUUUCCACUUCUAGAUAAACAUUUAAGUUAUUCAAUAUUUGCACUUUUCCACUUCUACAUACAAUUUUAAGUUAUUCUUGAUAUAUAUACAUUACAAACUACUAUUACUUUCUAACGUUGUAGUUUCCGUGUGGCUCACCUGUAAAGACCAUGUUAACUGUAUCUGUCUGUUCUCAGUCUCUUGUGCUAUUGUUCUGCAUUUGGAAGCAUUGGUACUUUUUGUUUUUUGGAGAUUUCUUUUUUCUAAACUCCAUUAUAUUUUUUAUUUUUGCAGUAACUUUCUCCUUUCUGGGACAACACGCUGCUUCCACUGCAGUGACCAGAUGUACAGACAGUAUCUGUGUGACGACAGAAUUGUUAGUUAUCCAAAGCUUUUAAACCGAGUUAUAUUAAAUUUGGUAAAGAAUUAUAUUAUCAAUUGGCCAUUUGGAAAGCUGCAAAAGCACCUCUAAAAUGGGGCUAAACUAAAUUUAAAAAGAAUUCAGUCAUUUCACAAUUUCACAAUUGUGAGUGUUUGAAUGGCCUUUGCAUUACUGCCACCUUUUGGUAUCUGUCCAGAAAUAAAAUACACAUUCAAUUAAAUUGUGGAUCCUUGAGAGAGACCUUGCUUAGUGUUGUUGUGUGUGGCAACAAAGAAAGAGAAAAAAAAAAAUAAUGAGGUAGUUGCACAAGUGACAGGAACAAUAGUGUGUGUGUGUGUGUGUGUGUGUGUGUGUGUGUGUGUGUGUGUGUGUGUGUGUGUGUGUGUGUGUGUGUGUGUGUGUGUGUGUGUGUGUGU